CAUCAACACAUCAACACCCUCUGGCCAACCCACCCUCCUCCCUCAAGGCUGGCCCUUCUGAUUGACUGGCAGCAAACUGGACACUUACCUGAGAUACCAUUAGCUCGCCGAGGGUUGUAGUCUCUCAUAUUUAUCUUAGUCGAAACGAUCCCUACCCACGUACUUCAACGGCCUUACCCUGGCCAUCCGCCAUUCGCCAUGUCCUCCCUCUUUGAUGCCGUCCUGCAGUCGGAAUUGGGCUCGACGGCGGGCUCUCGUCGUAUUCACUCGGAUCAAAUCCCCAGUUCACGACCGCAGCCACCCUCAGAAAGCAAUGGACCGAUGAGCGAUAUGCACGGCUAUCCAGACGAGCAAGGAGCAGACUCUAACGCCUCGACCGUAGGCCGACUCCGCAACCCAUAUCUUCCCCCUCCCCCCCCAGUGACCGAUGUCGCUGGAGAGAAAGUGCAACAGGCAUUCGAAGAACUGCUUGAGACAUACGUGGAGGAGCCUUCCCUCUCACAGCCGCCCCCGCCGUCUGCGGAGCUCUUGAGCGACAAAUACUACAUUGCUCAAAUCCGAGGCAUGGCCAAAUUCGAGCUUUCAACGCUCUAUGUGGACUUUACGCACCUGACCUCCCUAAGCAACCCGAUUCUGGCAGACGCGAUUGCCAACCAAUAUUAUCGGUUCCAACCCUUUCUCACCAAGGCCCUGAACAACCUGAUCGCUAAGUAUGAGCCGGAGUACUAUGCUGCACAUCGUCAAGCCACCGCUACUAGCAGCAUCUCUUCGCAAGCAGGUACCUCUAUGGUUGCGGGCAACUCCAGCGUCUCCGACAAUCCCGAUUUGGAGCGUGAUAUUCGCGAGAAGACUAGGCACCAGCAAACCGAUAGGCUAUUCUCGCUGGCGUUCUACAACCUACCUCUGGUGUCCCGACUGCGCCAACUUCGGACGUCCCAGAUUGGAAAGCUAGUCUCUGUAUCCGGCACAGUCACACGUACCUCCGAGAUCCGACCCGAGCUCUCUCUCGGUACUUUCACUUGUGAACUGUGUAAGGCAGUAUGUCCCAAUGUGGAACAGACUUUUCGCUACACCGAGCCCGCACAAUGCCCCAACGACACCUGCGGGAACCGCACCGCAUGGCGCCUGGAUAUCGGCAAGAGUACCUUUGUUGAUUGGCAGAAGGUCAAAUUGCAGGAGUCGUCUCAUGAAAUUCCAACUGGCAGCAUGCCACGGACAAUGGACAUUAUUUUGCGAGGCGAGAUGGUGGAUCGUGCUAAGGCUGGUGAGCGGUGCAUCUUCACUGGUACACUGAUUGUUGUGCCAGAUGUGAGCCAGUUGGGAUUGCCUGGGGUGCGGCCGGAAGCUGUCCGUGAUGACGGUGCCUUCCGGGGAAGUGACAUUGGUGGCGGCGGUGUGAGUGGUCUGAAAGCUCUUGGUAUUAGAGACCUCACCUACCGACUCGCGUUCCUUGCUUGUAUGGUGACGCCUGACACAACAACUCCCGGUCAACAGACGAAACAGCAGUUGAAUGGCCAGUCACAUAAUAUCCUGGCUUCGCUCAACCAAAUCUCAGAUCCUGAGACUGAUGAAGAUCAGGCGCAGGAGGCUUUGCUUCAAAGUCUGACGCCCUACGAAGUUCAAGACUUGAAGAAACUCGUGCAUUCGGAGUAUAUCUAUGCGCGGCUGAUCGACUCCAUUGCUCCCAUGAUCUACGGUCACCGGCAAAUCAAGAAGGGCAUAUUGCUACAGCUGAUUGGAGGAGUCAGCAAAAAUACCGAACAAGAGAAUCUACAGCUCCGUGGUGAUAUCAACAUCUGCAUUGUUGGUGACCCAUCAACCAGCAAAAGUCAAUUCCUGAAGUAUGUGUGUUCUUUACAUCCUCGGGCUGUUUAUACCAGUGGCAAAGCCUCCUCUGCAGCGGGUUUGACUGCGGCUGUUGUGAAGGAUGCCGAGACGGGCGAGUUCACAAUCGAAGCGGGAGCUCUGAUGUUAGCUAAUGGAGGAGGUAUCUGCUGUAUUGACGAAUUCGAUAAAAUGGACCUCAGCGACCAAGUUGCGAUCCACGAAGCCAUGGAACAACAGACCAUUUCUAUCGCCAAGGCUGGUAUUCAUACUACCCUCAACGCCCGUGCGUCGAUUCUCGCCGCGGCCAACCCUAUCGGUGGCCGUUACAACCCGAAGACUACAUUGCGUGGCAACUUGAACUUCAGUGCUCCCAUCAUGAGCAGAUUCGAUCUGUUCUUCGUGGUCCGAGACGACCCUAAUGAAACAGUAGACCGCAACCUUGCGGACCAUAUUGUCAACGUGCACAUGAACCGCGAUGAAGCAGUUAACCCGGAGCUCAGCACUGAGCAACUGCUGCGUUACAUCCGAUUCGCAAGAACAUUCAGACCCGUGUUCACCGAGGAGGCCAAGGCUUAUUUGGUUGAGAAGUACAAGGAACUUCGUGCCGGCGAUGCCCAAGGUGGCAUGGGCCGCUCCUCUUAUCGUAUCACGGUUCGACAGCUUGAGUCUCUCAUCCGUCUUUCCGAGGCCGUUGCAAAGGCCAACUGUGUAGAGGAGAUUAUACCCAGCUUUGUGCGUGAAGCCUACGACCUUCUGCGCCAAAGCAUGGUGACUGUUGAGAAGGAUGAUGUUGAAGUUGAUGACGAAGUCAACGCUGAUAGCGGUCACGCUGCCGAUGAAGAUCAUGAGAUGGGUGACCGCGAUCGCGAAGGCGACAGCCCUAUGCGUGAUCAAGGCGAGCCGGCACAACAGACCCAGCCGCCUCGCACACGUACCAAGAUCACUUAUGAUAAAUACAUGAAGAUCUUGAACUUGCUUGUACGACGUGUGCGCGACGAUGAGUCGAUGUCUGGCGAAGGUGUUGAACAGGAAGAACUUCUCGUCUGGUACCUAGAGCAAGUCGAGUCUGAACUGGAAACCGAGGAAGAUCUGGAGCAAGAACGCUCCCUGGCUGUCAAGGUUCUGAAGCGGAUGGUCAAGGACAACAUUCUUAUGCCUAUUCGUGGACAAGGUCUGGUCGACCCAGCUGAUGAGUCUGCCCAAGUGGAGCGGACUAUCUAUGUCAUGCAUCCCAACUGCGCCAUCGAUGAGGAGUGAUUCUGCGCCUGGUGUUCUAGGAAUAGGGCGAGGUAAUAGGAAAUGGUGAAGCAGGAGUAACGGUGCCCGGUGCCUUGGUCGUUAUGAGUGAUGAUUUUCUGAUCUAUUUUUACAUGAACUUACUCGCACAUUGUCGGUGGAGCGUAUGUGAUCUUGGACUGUCGAGUCUGGAGUACAUGCAUGGGUGACAGUUUUGCCUUCAUAAUCUACGAUUAUAAUAGCUCAUGAAUUGCUGAUACGUCCAUUUCAUC